CGGCUCCGAGUGGGAGUGGGGAACGCGAAUAAGUUCCGGCCGGCACCGCAACCGCAACCGGCAGAGGCGCGAACCUUUCUUUUCUUUACAGCUUCCGCUGCAGAAUUCUGAACCUAGAAGCACGCAAUCACGCGCGCCAAGAACUGAACCCCCAAAGAAAUCAGCGCGAGUGCCUGAUUUAUCGGUUUGUUCCAAGUUUGGUCUCCCCACUUCACAUGUCCCGCCGCGUCUCUCCCACGCCAAUCUCGCCCAUCAUCAGGUCGCUUCCUCCCGUUCUUUAGCUGAUUUCAGAGCUGAUUUCAGGGCUACGAGCCCUGAAAUCAGCUCUGAAUUUCCGUCCGCGGUUCAGGCUUCAGUUAGCUGACGCCUCCGCUUCUUUCCUUCUUCCCCUUGGCCAUUAAACUCCAGCACACACAUACUACAACGUUGCCGUUCUCGGCCGGCCAUUAAUGGCGACGAGGAGUUACGCCUCGCUCUGAACAGGCAGCUUGCAUGCGUAGGCGCAGGCAGCCGGGCAUGGAAGGGAACUGUAGCGCCCACGCGUUACCGAGAGAGUCCGCCAUACAAACCGUCGUGUGUUAAUGGAAAGGGACGAGUGUGAGGAGGAGCAGGAGUAAAGGCAGCAGCUUUUCUCCCUUGACGCCUCCCCUUGUUUUGCCUGCCCUCUCCCGUUCUGGAACAAGUCAAGCCGCGCCUCCUCUCGUCAGCCUGCCCCUGCCUACGUCCUUGGUCUUCUUCCUCUUCGCUUGCCCGUCCGUCCCUCCACCUCCCGACUGGUUUUGGUUGGGAGCUGUUGUUAGCGCAUAAAAGCCGAGCGAUUUGUCUCAUCCGCCGCCGUUCUAGUAAGCGGCAGCGUUGCGCCUCGGCUUGAUGCUCCUCCCUCCGGCCUCUCGGUCGUUCUCGUUCCCGUUGACAGCGGCUUGGUUUAGGCUCUUCACCUAACCUUGUUUCUAGUUUCGGUUGGUUGGUGAGUCACCGCCUAGCUCUUGCUGGUUGGCUCAGUUCUUCUUGGUCCUCGACCUGGAGUAUAUAAUCUCCCGGUCCCGGCCGUCGUCUUCUGUUCUUGAGAGCUCUUCGCAUUGGUGGCUUGUCGUCCCCCCUGCUGCUCCUUCCAAGACGAGGCGGACUGCUCGGGAUCAAGGACGACGAGAGGAGAGCUCGGCUGUCGCCUGUGCUGGGAGGUUGGGAGGCAGUGCUUUGCUUCACGCGAGGCCGUGGAUGCUGCUGCGUGCUGCUGAUCUCUGCGCCUGAGGUACUCAAAGACUUGUUUGGCUGCAUUCUCCGUAUCUUUUACUUCUUGACUUGAUCAGAGAUGGAACUUGUAUACAUGGAAAGGAGAAAUGGAUUAUAUGACGAGGGUGCAAUUCCAGAGUUCAGUGGAAGGGCUGAAGGGGAUCAAGACCCGUUCGCUGCUGCAUCUGAGGUUCAGUCUGAUUUGGGUCAUAUACCGGAUGAGAAGAAAAACCAGGGCUGCCAAUCAUGCCAUAAGUCAUUUUGUUCAUGCAGUGGCAGCACACCCCAUUCAGAAUUGUUCCCUGCACAUCCUGCCAAGAUGAUGAUCUUGGAGUUUCUCAUCAGAAGCCUGAGGCACCCAACAAGAACCCAUAAUGUCAAUGAUCUUGAUGACUUGAUUACCGAUGGGGUAAGCCAAGGGAGUGUAAAUCUUGGUCCUUCCGAGAAAAAGGUCCUGGAUUCUUUGCAUGCUCUUGUAAAUGCAAAGACAAGACCGAAAAGCCCAUCACCUUUCCUGGCAGGUUCUAAACUGAGAAAAAUCCGGUCGAAAUCCCACAUCAUAACACAGUCAGAAAUAUUGAAGCUUAUAUCUCCUGAGACAUGGGAAACCCCCUCCCAUGGGGCAUCUCCAAUGAACAAAGGCACAGCUGAGGUCAGCAUCCAUGAGAACAAGUCGCCAUUGUGCUCAUCUAUGGGCUCAAAUCAGCCUGUUCUAUCACAGUGCCCGUCAUCUCUUAGUGCAGGUCUUCUACAAUGCAUAUGGAAAAAUGGCCUCCCUCAUUUUGAACUGUCACUGGACGAUCCUAUUGCAGUAUACGCUGCAAACCCAAUCAGGGUGCAGGAAAAGGACAAGGCCCUCGAUUACGUCUACAUGAUUCAUUCUGGAGAGCAAGGAAGAAAAGAUUGGAUGGGUCACUCAAGCAAUGUGUCCAGACUUGUGGGCAAGAUGAAGGUGUCUAGUUCUUUAGUUCUAAACUCAGACAAGUCAAGUCUCUUGGAAACUGAGUUUGUUCUGUAUGGUUCUCCAGAUGACUAUCUUAAGCAAAUGCACAGUCCCUAUAGUGUACCAAAAGGGAAGGGUCUUGUCAAGAGAGUAACAGAAAUUAUGAGAACAGGCAAUGUUUCCUCUAGCCCAAAACAUUCCUGGAAGUUUGGCAAAUCUUCCUCUCAUCAGUUUGACGACUUAACUGAAAUACUUGAAGGUGAAAUGAUUAGUGCUAGAGAAUCAGACCUGAUGAAUCUCAACACCGAUGAUCUGCCGACCAACCAAGAAUUAGCAGCAAUUGUGGUGAGGGAACAACGCCACAAACGCCAGAAAGAGCCUGUUUUGGGUGGCUGGGGCCUCAAGUUCCUUGAGAAAGCAGAAUUAAAUCAUCCAGAAGGCACUAAAGAAACUGAUGUUCAGAACAGUAAUGGUGCCACACAAUGUAUAACUGUUGUUGUCCCCAGAGGUUACCACGGCGGCGCGGUAUCAAAGAGCAGCCGACCAUCAGGCCUCAUCAAGAGAUGGAGAUCUGGAGGAUGCUGUGAUUGCGGCGGAUGGGAUCUUGGCUGCCCCAUCAGAGUACUUAAUGGUGAUGGUUGUGGUUCCUUGCCUGAAGGAGAGUCCCAGGAUAGCAGAUCAGUAGAGCUAUCAAUCAAGGGUGCAAAGAAUGAAACGAUGUUGAAGCUCGUGAAUAUCACAGAGGACCUGUAUAUCCUCUACUUCAACUCAAGUAUUUCACCAUUGCAAUGCUUCUCAACCGGGAUAGCGAUUGUGCACAGCCAAGCACCACAGCUUUGCCCCAAACUGUGAAUUGUGCGCAGCCCGGCACCACAGAUUUGCCCCCAAACUGUGAAUUGCAAAGCUUGGUGUAGCUGAAUUACAAAGCUUGGUGAAACGCUAUGCGUAGAUGUAGAUAGUAGAAUAACAUUUCUUGUCAUUUAAUACUUAUAAUUUUGAGAGAGAAAAUUGCAGGCUGUUGUUUUCAGCCUGUUGUUAAAUUAUCAAAUCUCUUGGUUUGGCAGAGAGCCCAGAAAGAUGAAUUACAAAUCAUGUUUCGUUUA